AUGACCCGGGCUUCCUCCACCCGCACCAUGACCCAGGCUUCCUCCACCCGCACCAUGACCCAGGCUUCCCCCAUCCGCACAAUGACCCAGGCUUCCUCCACCCGCACCAUGACCCAGGCUUCCCCCACCCGCACCAUGACCCAGGCUUCCUCCACCCGCACCAUGACCCGGGCUUCCUCCACCCGCACCAUGACCCAGGCUUCCCCCACCCGCACCAUGACCCAGGCUUCCUCCACCCGCACCAUGACCCGGGCUUCCCCCACCCGCACCAUGACCCAGGCUUCCUCCACCCGCACCAUGACCCGGGCUUCCUCCACCCGCACCAUGACCCAGGCUUCCCCCACCCGCACCAUGACCCAGGCUUCCUCCACCCGCACCAUGACCCGGGCUUCCCCCACCCGCACCAUGACCCAGGCUUCCUCCACCCGCACCAUCUUCCAGGUCCAAGAUAAUCACACGCCAUAUUUUACUCUGUGA